AAAAGUAAAAAAAAAAAAAGCAUCCCGCGGAUAAAUUAGGUGGAUCUCCUCCCUAAAACCCUAACCCCUAAUAACCGUUUCUGUUCGCUCUCCCUCUCUGUCUCGUGCGAAAACCUCGCCUAGCCUAAUAAACACAGAGAGUAGCAAAUCAACUGAUCAAUUAAAGCAGCAGCAAAGCAGAAACAAUGAGUGAGCAAAAGAACAAACAAGAGAACAGUAAAUUUUCAAUAUGGGAUUUGCCAGAUGUGCCAAUGGGCCAGCUACCACCGCACCUUCAGCUCCAAAGAACUCGUGUUUUUUGCAAAGCAGAUGCUCCUAUUCAUACGGAUAGCAUACAAUACUCUGGUGCCUAUGCUUCUCUGGGAAUUGAUAAUAGUUUACGUUUAGAUUAUUUUCGCGACAACUUUAAAGUAGAAGUGAUUCGACUGACUAAGGAUGAAAUGGUAUUUGAUAUGAUUGGUAUUGAUGCAGCAAUUGCCAACGCAUUUCGAAGGAUUCUCAUUUCUGAGCUUCCCACAAUGGCUAUCGAGAAAGUCCUUGUUGCAAACAAUACAUCGCUCAUUCAAGAUGAAGUCCUUGCUCACAGGUUGGGUCUCAUUCCUAUCAAUGCUGACCCUAGGCUGUUUGAAUAUCUUUCAGCAAGUGAUACCCCAAAUGAAAAGAACACUAUUGUUUUCAAACUUCAUGCUCAAUGCAAAAGAGGCGAGCCCCGUCGUACAGUAUAUUCUGAAGAGCUGAAGUGGUUACCAAAUGGGAGCGAGUUUGCCAAGGAAUCAGAAAAAGUUGAUUCAAAACCCAGUACCUAUACUUCAUUUAGUUGCAGCCAAGAUUCCCUUUUCUCAAGUAAUCCAAUCAGGCCAUGGGAAGACAAGAUUAUUGUUGCUAAACUUGGUCCCGGACAGGAAAUUGAGCUCGAAGCUCAUGCUGUUAAAGGCAUAGGUAAAACACAUGCUAAAUGGUCCCCUGUUGCUACUGCUUGGUAUCGUAUGCUUCCUGAGGUUGUAUUAUUAGAAGAUGUUCAAGAUGAAGUUGCCGAAGAACUAAAGAGGAAAUGCCCCGUUAACGUAUUUGACAUUGAAGACAUCGGCAAUGGCAAGAAGAGGGCAACUGUUGCUCGGCCACGAGCUUGCACACUGUGUAGGGAAUGUAUUAGAGGGGGAGAAACAUGGGUGAAACGUGUGGCAUUGCGACGUGUUAAAGAUCAUUUCAUUUUUACCAUUGAAUCAACUGGGUCAUUACCCCCUGAAGUGCUAUUUACUGAAGCUGUGAAGAUUUUGGAAGACAAGUGUGAACGUGUAGUUACUGAGCUCUCUUGAUUAUUUUUUUCCCUUCCCCUUCUUUAUGACACACAAAGAAUGUACUAGCAAAGAUUGUAAUGAAACUAGUAAAUCCAAUUUUGUUUUUCAGAGAAAUAACAAUUUUAUUCAUCUCUUGGUCACAGAAGUUCUUAAAGAAAGUCCUUUCUUUUUUGUUGUUUU